AUUGGUUUGGUCCACUUAACGCUCGCAACGCCUCGAGCAACAAAGAUAGAAUCAGACAGAAUGACGUUACGAGCGUUAAGUGGACCAAACUAACCAACCAAACGCUACCGUGCUUACGAAACGAAAAAACGCCUUAAUUGUGAUUGUUUAUGUCGAGCAGUUUAACUAUGGUCGAUUUGGGAUUUGCAUUGAAAUGUAGUGAACAGUGGAGAUUAGAGAGCCGUUUUUUUCCUAGUAAAAUAGGUGGUAAACCAGCAUGGCUCGAUUUAAAAAACAUUCCUGGCAAAAGUGAGCUGGAGUGUGAGUAUUGCGGUAAUCCCUGUAUAUUUUUAUGUCAAAUCUAUGCACCAUACGACGAUCCUGAUACGUUUCACAGAACUAUAUAUAUUUUUAUAUGUAAGAACGUGGAGUGCUGCAAAUUUAACCAGAAUGGAAACCUAAAAGUUUUCCGUUCACAAUUGAAUAAACACAAUGUUUUUUAUUCACCAAACCCACCUAUCGAAAAGGAAGACUGGGAAACGAGUGUCGAUGUAUCAAAAUGGACAAAGACUUGCCAUAUUUGUGGUAUUUUAGCACCAUUUCACUGUUCCAAAUGUAAAGUUGUCAAUUAUUGCUUUCGUACACAUCAAAUACACGAUUGGAAAAAUGGGCAUAAAAAAAAAUGUGGUACCAAAGCAGAUAGUGUAAAUGAGAGAUUGUGUGAGAACAAUGAUAUUUUGUUUUCUGAGUAUGAG